UUUCCAGUUUCCCUUCGGUACGUUCGCUUUGCUUGUUUCUUGUGUUUUGUUUUGUUGGUUAUUUUUGGCUUGCUUUGGGCAAGUUGUUUGCGACUGAGUGUUGAUGUUGGUUUCCACGUCUUUUUCCGGGGGGGUUUUUGUCUGUGUUCUGACUGUUGGUAUUUCUUUCAUGCAGAUUCUAUUUUCAGCCCUAGGCUAAAAAAUGUCUACAACCAAGGAAGUUACUUCACCUGGUUCGCCCAGCGAUGCUCAUGCCGAGAAAGCUAUGGAUAAGCUGAGUGUGAAGGAGUUCCACAAACGGUUCUUCAUCCCAAAUAGCUAGCUCGUGGAAUUUUUGGAUGGAGAACCUGUAUCGACUGAUAAGUCGGAGGACCAUGCCAUCGUGUUCACCAAGGAGCAGUUUAAUGCUGGGCUCCGGUUCCCCCUGCCGUCUCUGUUCAAGGAAUUCCUUCACUUUACUUAGAUUCCACCAGCCUACAUCCACCCCAACAUGGUUCGGGUGCUGAUGGGAUGUAGCAUUCUGCGUAUGCUUUUCAGCCUAGAGCUCUCGCUGCUGGAGGUUAUUUUCGUCUAUUCCCUUAAGAAGGGUAAAAAUGACAUUUUUAGCAUGGUUGCCCAUCUGCCCUCCCUUCAACUGGUGACUGAGCUGCCAGAUUCGACGAAGGGAGGAGCGAAGGGACAUGUGCUGGUCCGGGGUGCCUGGGUAGGUCUACUGGAGCAUCCGGAGAGGCCAUUUUCCCCCAACCAUACGUUGGUGCUUCCGGGUCCGGACAGGAGGGGUUGCAUAGUCGAGUGGGUAGAAAAAGCGUCAUUCACUCGACUGAACAAGUUUUUUGAGAUUACUGCCGCUGAGAGGCAUUAUGAGACGCUGCUUACUGCGCGAAACUUGCUGGCCGUUGUCCGGGAGCCUUAAGAAUAUAUUAUCAAUAUUCUCCCCAAGAAGCUGCCAAAGAAGGUAGUGUCUGGGGAGCAUUAUGUUUUG